GAUAUAGCUACGACGGUGAAGGGCGUGAAAGAGGGCACAGGAGAGAUCCGGGGCCUUGUGUAAGCUUAGCUCGUCGUGGAGGAGAGGGGAAGUCUGCAGGGUGGUGUUGCCGUUAACCAAGCGCCACCUCAACGGGUGCUGGUCCAGCAAAUCAAAUAAUAUGACGCCCUCCUCGUCGAGGCAACAGCAGCACCAGCGGCGGCCACGACCAGUGCCUCGAGGCGUGACCAUCCUCUCGGCGUUCACCAGCGCGCUCCUGGCCUCCGCGCCUCGCUCCGAUGCGUUUCUGGCGUUACCACCAGCAGCACUCGCCGCUACUGCGCGCGGCGGCGGCGGCGGGCAUGAUCGACAACACGGCGGCGGCGGCGGUGGCGUGACGACGUCGGCAGCAGCGUUCGCUUGCAGCACGCGACUGUCAUCCCGCCGGUGUGCAGCGGCGCCGGCGCUGUCCAGCCGCCGUGGCAGUAGGAACGGGAGGGGAAGCACGCUGGUGAUGGCGGGGGGUGAGGGCGACGACGGGGGGGAAGGCGGAGCUCUGACCGAGGGGGAAGGGGUUGUUGAAGGAGUGAUUAGUCGGUCCCCUGUGUCUCCACCUGCAGCAGCAGCAGCUUCGGGCGAGGAGGGUUGCGAGGGAGGAGAGCAAGACCAAGGUGCUGCUGUGGCGAAAAGCAUCUCCGGAGAUGACAGCGGCGAGAAGGCGAAGAAGAAGAGGAAAAAGAAGAGCGGCGGCAAGUCGUCGAAAGCGGGGGCUCCGCGGCUUCGGGGGGAUGCCCUGCGGGACGAGCUCAUGCGCAGGGAGAAGCGGGAGGAGGAGAGGGUGCUUGCAAUGAACACACUGUUUUACCGAUCACGGGCGUACAAUGAGAUUGAAGACCUGAAGAGAGUGUGGGACAAGAGCGACCUGUCGGAGUGCAUUCGAAGUGCAGGGAGUCCCCUUAAGGGGUACGACAAGAUCAUCGAGGAAUACAAGACAGAAUUCGUCCUAGCCCAGAAGCAGGAGAAGCCUGGUCUACGACCCUUCAAGGUCAAGAACGUGAAGGUUCAGACGUGCGGCACGCUUGCGUGGGUGACUUGCAUCGAGGACAUGAGGAGCCCUUACAAGUCCUACCCCAAGACGGUGCAGCUGGUGACCAACAUCUUCCGCAAGACCAGCAACGGGUGGCGGCUCACCCGACAUCACUCGUCAGACCGCGACAUCAUCGCCGGCAAGGGCGGCCGCAGCGCCAAGCAGGCUCUCAAGGGCGUUCGCGAGCUCCCGGGCGGCGGAGGGAUCCUGCAGAGCUUGGUGGACAAUACCGGGGGAGUGACGGAGGUUUCGGCGAAGCUCUUCAGCGUGGUUAACGGGGAGAUGAAACCCAUCGACAUCGACUUGGAUGGGUCUGAUGACGAUGACGAUGAUGAGGACGAGGAGGAGGAGGACAUCACAGACGACAUUGGGAGAGAGAUAGCCAGCCAGAUCUUCCUCAAUUACGCAGACCUGUUCGACGGCAGGGACGGCGGAGACGGGGCGUCACUGGGGGAGAUAAGCUUCUCUGCCUCCGGCCCGAUGGGCGGCGACUCGAUCGACGAGACCAUUCCGCCAGCUAUGCGGAAGCGCAUCGAGGAAGCGAUGGAGUCGACAAUGAAGAAGAAGCGCAGCGACGCAAGCCGGCAGAGGUACGAGAACAUCUACAACGUGAGCGAGGGGCUUAAGGAGGUCGUGGCGGAGGGAGGAGGAGGAGGAGGAGGAGGAGGAGGCUCCGAGACUGCCAAGGAGUGGCACGAGUGGCAAGACGCCGCCACCAGCGACAGCGACGAUGGCGGCAAGGGCUGGUCGAGCUUCGGUGGCGGCGAGGGCAAGGCCGGGGGUGAUGGGGACGGGGAGGCCGCGUUGAAGGGUUCGAGGGACCUGACGAGGAAGACUGUCGACGCCGUUAGGGUGCUGGCGGAAAUGGGGCGGAUAGGCGAGGAGGAAAAGAGCUUACUGCUUGCGGACGUUAUCCGAAACGCUUCCUCAGAUGUUGCUAGCAAGGUGGAAAUUGCGUACUCGGUGCUGCUUGACGGGGAAGUGACGCCGGAGGGGAUGGAGUACACGGACAAGGCCGAAGAGUUCGCACACCAGUGCAAGGCCAUAGCCGGGCAGCUUCUGGAACAAAGCAACAGCAACCGGCCGGGGCGAUGGAGGUUCUGGGCGAAGCCGCAAUGGUGGAAAUUCUGGGCGAGUAAAGAUUCCGAAUAGGUUCGGGGUGGAGACUUGACAGCACGAGCGGCAACAAGUCUGCGGAGCCCCCGGGGCGGCGACGGCGGCGGCGGCGGAUUGUGCGUGUUUAUCGUAGCGCAUGCAUCUCACGCAUACCUCCCUUCCACGUUUGUUCUGUUCAAACCACUGUUCACACAAAUAGCGAAACAAGCACGGGCGGGGGAGGGGACGGGCGCGGGGGGCACCUGCGAGUCAUCACCGGUGGGGUCGCUCAGGCUCAAGUUGGUAGCAAAUCCAAUUCUUUGUCUUUCUUGAUGGAGGCAUUAUUUUCGGGAGCGUGGGGGCAGAACAUGACCCAGGUUUUCCCUCCCACUCCAGUUAGUUGGUGCUGUUGUCGGCGCUUGACUUCCGUUUCCAUGCACAUAGUUUGGGAGAAGGGUGGUGGGUGGUUGUCUCUUGGACGUGGUGAUAGUCCGGCGUGGCUGUCUAGUGUGUGGUUGUGAGAUCUUGACUUGCAGAGGAAAAACAAGCAAAACAAAGGUUAUGUGCGCGAUGCCCACUGGUGCCGCUAGCUGCCGAAGCUCGUGCUGUUUGUGCCCUCGCUGGUGUUGCAUGCCGGCAGAGUCUCGUUGCGUGGUUAUCUUGACAAGACAAAAAAUUCUGUUCCAUGCAUUCAGCGGCUUGUUGACCUCACACCACUAACAGCCGUGUCAGAGACGAGAUGGCCACGGGUGACCAGUGUUGGAUAAACCACGGGCCUCCCGAGGAAUAUUCCGAAACACAGGAGUAUGGAUGAACACUUUGAGCUGGAGGCUGUACCGGAUACAAUGCACGGAUGUGGACCUCGCGGAGAUUGCGGAAGAGUCAUGUGUUAGAUAUACUCGUA